AACAUCCAAAGUGCAACACAUACAGUAGGUGUGGAAAAACAAGAGAACAAAGUGAGGAAACACAUGGCUGAAGCUAAGGAAAUCAAAUCACCAGUAUCAUGUCCCCCCUCUCAGCUUCAAUACUCACCAUCUCUCACAAGAUCACCCCUUCUUCAUUCAGAGAAUGAGGAUACACCAAAUCCAAAGAACAAGACCCCUAGAACACCAAGAAUGUCUUUUACCCCACCAAGGUUUAUUACCCCUUUAGGAACACCUGUUAGGAAUGCUUUGAGACUAAUCAAACUUGAUCCUCAAGAUGCUUGGCUUCCAAUAACUGAGUCAAGAAAUGGUAACAAAUAUUAUGCUGCUUUUCAUACUCUUUGUUCUGGGAUUGGUAUUCAAGCUCUUGUUCUUCCUGUUGCUUUCACUAUUCUUGGUUGGACAUGGGGAAUAAUAAGUUUGACAAUAGCAUUCAUAUGGCAGCUUUAUACCUUAUGGUUGCUCGUCCAUCUUCACGAAUCCAAGGAUGGUGUUCGUUAUAGUCGAUACCUUCAACUCUGCUUUGUUACUUUUGGUGAGAAAUUGGGGAAAUUGCUAGCUUUAUUUCCAAUACUAUACCUAUCAGCUGGGACAUGUACUACAUUGAUCAUCAUAGGAGGAUCAACAGCAAGAACAUUCUAUGAGGUUGUUUGUGGAGAAUCAUGUAAUUCCAAACCUAUGACUACCGUGGAAUGGUACUUGGUUUUUACCUGUGUUGCUGUGGUUCUGUCUCAGUUACCAAACUUGAAUUCAAUUGCUGGAAUUUCCCUUAUUGGAGCAGUCACUGCUGUAGGGUAUUGUACCUCCAUUUGGAUGGCUUCCGUGGCACAGGGUACCCUACCAGGUGUGAAUUAUAAUCCAGUAAGGGGAGGUAACAGUGUUGAAAAAAUUCUUGGUGUGUUUAAUGCAUUUGGUAUCAUUGCCUUUGCCUUUAGGGGCCACAAUCUCAUCCUUGAAAUUCAGGCUACUAUGCCUUCAAGUGAGAAGCAUCCAUCACACGUUCCCAUGUGGAAAGGAGUCAAGAUUGCUUACACACUAAUUGCCGCCUGCUUAUUUCCCGUAGCCAUCGGUGGCUAUUGGGCUUAUGGCCAACUGAUUCCUGAAAAUGGAGGAAUGCUCACAGCACUAUACAAAUUCCAUUCCCAUGACAUAUCAAGAUUUGUGCUUGGAUUAACCAGCUUCUUUGUAGUAGUGAAUUGUUUGUGUUCAUUCCAAAUCUACGGCAUGCCAAUUUUCGAUGACAUGGAAUCAAAAUACACAACAAAAAUGAAUAAGCCAUGUCCAUGGUGGCUCCGGUCAAGUAUUCGAAUCUUCUCAGGAUUUUUAUCCUUCUUCAUAGGAGUGGCAACACCAUUUUUGGCUAGCUUGGCUGGUUUAAUUGGAGGAGUAGCAUUGCCAGUGACAUUAGCGUACCCAUGUUUUAUGUGGCUCGAAAUAAAGAAGCCAAAAAAAUACAGUGUUAUGUGGUGCCUCAAUUGGUUCUUGGGAACAUUUGGUAUUGGUCUUAGUGGCAUAUUGAUUGCUGCUAGCAUAUAUGUUAUUGUUCGUACGGGUGUUAAAGUGAGUUUUUUUGACCCUAAGUAGUUUUGAUUACACAAAGAGGAAAAAAACUACAAGGGAAAUUAUAUAUGGAGGAAAUUAAGAAGAUGAUUGAUCAUGUUGUCUUUAAUUUUGUACCCAAAAUUGUCCACCCCAUAUGUAGUUAUGUUUAUGCUAAAAUAAUCAUGAUAUUUGUGGUAUUUAAGAUAUCAACAGUGAACCAUUACAAAGAAAGAAAAAAAAAAAAAUUAAACUUCAGCGUGCGAGUAUGGUUAGAUUAGAUGUGUCAAUGGGAGUUGUUGAGUAGGUUAAAAUAAGCUUACUUUUUCACUAUGGAUUCUAUUAUAAUUAUUUUGUGGAAUUUAGAUUUUUUCUUCUUCUAAUAA